UUUCUGGCUUUGCUCUUCACCUUGUACAAUGUCGCUUGCGUGUCUGUCCUUGAGUGCAGGAGAGGCAUCGAUGGAGGCGCUGGAGCUGGAGCUGGAAGCGGUGGAGUCCCAGAUUCGCUCGCUGGAGACGAAGCGAGAGGGCAUCAGGGCUCUGCUCUUAACCCGUACGCGCUCGUCUGAGGUAAGUGUCCGAUACAACGACAAUCUCCCAGUUUCUUCAACCCCGCGUGUUUCUCUGUCCAGGCCCAGCGCACCGAGGACGCGGUGCACCCAGGCGUCGUUCACGCCGACUCCCGGCUACCACGGCCCCUGGGUGCAACCGCGUAAGGUGCUUGCCAGGUCCCGGGGCAGAACGUCUCCUCCUCCGGUGUUCGAGAUCCCCACGGAGAACCGCUUCGCCCCUCUCCGCGAGACGGGUCGCGAUGUUGCCAUCAUUGGCGACUCAAUCGUCCGCCACGUCCGCUCCACUUCCUCCAAAGGUAACAAAGUACGCACUUUCUGCUUCCCUGGUGCCCGAGUUAAGAAUAUUUCUGCACAGAUACCUACUAUCCUGAGCGCUGCCGAGAGCCUCGGUGCCGCCGUCCUCCACGUGGGGACGAACGACACCGGGCUCCGGCAGACGGAGAUCCUGAAGAAGGACUUCAGGAGCCUGAUCGAGACGGUUCGACGCACUUCGCCCGCCACGCAGAUCAUCGUUUCUGGACCGCUUCCUACCUACCGCCGAGGAAAUGAAAGGCUUUUCCGCGCUGAUGGGCUGCACCCCAGUCGAGCUGGAGCUGAACUCCUGUCGGACAACAUCACCAGAAUACUUCGCUCUAUCUGACUAGCCCUCAGACUAUGCAGAGUCACUGAUUCGAUCCAAGACCAACGACGAGAUGAUCCCAAGGUUUCCAUAUCCUGGACCUGGCCGAAUCCUGAACAACUACUGCGAUGGUCAUGGAAGAGUGGAGAACAUGAGAC